AUGGCCCAUGCAGGGGACCGGUUGGAACUGGAGCGAGCCUUCUCUGGCGCCACAGUGCACGACAUGUUUAACAUGCUCGCAGUCCUGACUUUGCUUCCUGUGGAACUGAUCAUCGCUGCUAUCUCCGGAGAGGGAGGCCUGCUGUACUGGAUCUCCAAAGGAUUGACGGAUGCCGUCAUGGGAGAUUCAGAGAACGACUUGACCUUUCCUUCUCCAACUAAGGAGAUUGUGGGCCCCUUCUCCAAGCUGUUCCUGAACAAGGACAAAAACACCAUCAAAGCCUUGUCCUUUGGCGCACCUAUGGCUCAGAGCUGUGGCGCGGGCUGCACAAAGUACUGUGUGAGCUCAGAUGUGAGCAAGGCCUGGCAGAAGGUUGCAGAAGAUGCCUAUGCAUCCACCCUGACGGCGUGCACUGGCGCUGUUACAUGCGAUUCGGGCACUUGCUACACAAAUGCUGGGGACUUUUACACAAACAACAUCGAGACGGGAAGGACCAUCAAGGGUGGCUUCCUGAAAGACGUUGGUGAUGUUGGAGGUGGCAUCAUUGGACUCAUCCUGUCGUUGAUUGUGCUUUGCGCAGCCCUGUUCUGCCUGGUUAAGCUUUUGCACAGCCUUGUGAUGGGCCAGGCCAAAAAGAUCAUCAUGAAGGGCACCAACAUGAACGACUACUUGGCCAUCUUGGUGGGUCUGGCAAUCACCAUCCUCGUGCAGUCGAGCUCCGUCACAACGUCGGCUUUGACUCCCUUGGUUGGCAUUGGAGUUCUGCCCGUUCACAAGAUGCUGCCCAUGACGCUGGGAGCAAACAUUGGUACGACCAUUACCUCCAUCCUUGCAGGGCUGGCCGUCAUGAAGAAGAGCAGCAUCCAGAUUGCUUUCUGCCACCUGCUGUUCAACCUCGUUGGUAUUUUGAUUUGGUUCCCUGUCCCCAUCAUGCGCAGGGUGGUUGUCCGGGCUGCUUGCACCUUGGGCUUCUAUGCCUCCUACUGGCGCCUGGUUCCGCUCAUCUACAUCCUGGUGAUGUUCGUGGCAGUGCCGGGCGUUUGCUUGCUGAUUUCCCUGCUCUAUGGUUCCAGUGUUGCUGGCGGUGUGGUUCUCACUAUCCUUGCCGUGGCGGUUGUGGCGGCCUUUAUCUACUGGUGGAACUUCAUGGGCGGCUGCUACAAGGUGGUCAGCAAGGAAGAGCGUGACGCCCGCCAAGCCGAGAUCGAGACAGAGAUGGGUGAUGCACCAAAGGAAGAACCAGCAGCUGAAGCCGCUGUUUGA